GCGACCGCUAACGUAAGCUGUAGUGCCCAGGAACUGCGCAUGUGUGAUGACAUUGGUCGCCAGUUCGCUGACAUGGCGUCGGCGAGCAGGCGGUCUGUAGUGGGGUUGCUGCUUCGAUUUUGUGCCGUUUUCUCCACCCUCCUGGGCCAGGUCGAUGGCUUGGUGGAAGGCUUGUACUGCGGUGCUGUCUCUUGCUACGACGUCCUUGGAGUGUCGAGGGAUGCUGGCAAAAGCGACAUCGCCCGCGCUUACCGCCAGCUGGCCCGGCGCUUCCACCCUGACCGCUACCGGCCCACGGAAGCCGGGGAGAACCCCGAGGAGAAGUUCCUGCUGGUUGCCACCGCCUAUGAAACACUGAAGGAUGAUGAAGCCCGGAAGGAUUAUGAUUACAUGCUUGAUCAUCCUGAUGAAUUUUACAGACAUUACUACCAUUACUACAAGAGAAGGCUAGCACCCAAAGUGGAUGUCAGGAUAGUUAUAAUUGUGACAGUUUGUGCUAUAUCACUCUUUCAGUACUACAGCUGGUGGAGCAGUUAUAGUGAGGCCAUUCAUUAUCUCACUACUGUGCCAAAGUAUAGAAUCCAGGCCACAGAAAUUGCAAAGCAGCAAGGCCUGCUUAACAAAACUAAAGAAAAAGGGAAAAACAGACGCUCUAAGGAAGAAAUCAAAGAGGAGGAGGAGGAAAUCAUUAAAGGCAUUAUCAAAAAUAACAUUGACAUUAAAGGAGGCUAUCAGAAGCCACAGAUAUAUGAUAUACUCCUCUUCCAAAUUGUUUUGGCUCCUUAUUACAUCUGUAGGUAUAUAAUCUGGUAUUGCAGGUGGAUUUACCGUUUUCAUAUAAAACAAGAAGAAUAUGGAGAAGAAGAAAAGUUGUAUAUUAUUCGAAAAAACAUGAAAAUGUCACAAGGCCAAUUUGAUAGUCUAGAAGAUCAUCAGAAAGAGAUCUUCCUUGAGAGGAAGCUGUGGUUACGAGAAAACUUUGAGGUUUAUAAGCUGGAACAAGAGGAAGAACUCAAAAAAAAGGUAGCAUCAGAUCCACGAUGGAAACGGUAUCGGCGAUGGAUGAAAAAUGAGGGGCCAGGGAGGCUAACCUUCAUAGAUGACUAAAUACCUCUGCCUUACACUAGUGUUUACAGAAAAUGUCUUUUUAUUAAAAAAAAUGACUAUUUUGAUAAUGAAAAAUAAAUAUCACUGAUCUAAUAACUCAGGAUUCAGUUUAAACAGCAUACAGAUUCAGUUUUUUUUACAGCCCUAUUACAAUUUAGAUUCACCCCACAAAAAAUACAUUCCCAAAUUUUAGUGGAAAUGUGUAUUGAUAUAGAAUCUGACUGCGCUGUUUCUGUUAGUCGAAUUAUAUUUUUUUGCCUGGAAGGACUAACGUGGACAGAUUUUUACCGAUUUUGGUCACUUAUUCAUUCAAUAUAAAUAUAUUAAUAGGUGAGUUGGAAAUUGCAUUGCCAAGGAAUAGUUCACUGUAGAGUUUUUUGAGUUAUAAAUUAAAAUGUCUUAGAAAUCUAAAUGUGAGAUGAUGAUUUAAUUGUUGUUUAGCUUUCUAGGUGGAAGUUGAAAUAAUAGCUGUUCAACAUCAAAUGGCAGAAGCUUUUGGGGUGCCUGCAAGUUACUGUUUAUAUAUACUAGAAAAAUCAGUGGCUGCUCAAAUACAUGCAACUGGUUUGUAAACAAAUGCAGAUUACAGUUUACUUUUUUUACUUGCAGCCACCUUGUACAUUAUUUGUGAUUGGAUGCAAAUAAUUUUACCAUUAUUAAUUCCCUAUGACAAAAUUCAGAUUUGUUUCACAACAAUCAGUUGAGCUGACAAAGUAGGGGAUGGUGUGUUUUGUUUGGGCAAGUUCGUUCUUUUAACAUUUCCUCAUAGGAAGGACUUGAUAAUGGUUUUGUGAUAAUUUGCUGGUACUAGAAUAGAACCAUAGAAUCCCUACAGUGCAGAAAGAAGCCAUCUGGCUCAUUGAGUCUGCACCAACCUUCCAAAGAGCAUCCCAACCAGAGCUGGACCCCUUCCACUGGGCUAUUAAUCCUGUUAUUAUUAACCCUAAUCCAAGUAUAGCUGAUCUUCUGUUUAUGCAGUAUAGAUCAUGAUAGAACCUAUGCUGAACUAAGUACUUCCAAUUCAGAAUGCAGUGACACCAAUAUGGAAGACUAGUAUAGCUAAUCCUUAGUAACCACAGACUGAUUUUCUAGGAAAUAUUAAUUGAAAGGCAGAAUUUUGAAUGCUGGAAACCUGGAAGAAAUGCAGAAGUUAAUAUUAAUAGACAGCACCUUGAAGAGAAUAAUAUUAACAUUCAUGGUCAUCAACUUGUAUCACUAACUCUCUCUGCAGAUGCUGUCUGACCAAGUAUUUGCAGCAUUUUGUUUUUUAAUGGUUCCAUUAAAAUUUUAUAUAUAAUGAAGUGACUGGAUUGUUACAAAUUUAUCUCCGUGCUUGGUAAGGAAUGUUAAUAUGUACCUGCGCUUAACGAUGUUAGACUAAAUUGAGAUGGAUAAUGGAAUUUCAUUCAAAACAAUCCAUCUUCUAAUGUGCGUCUUCCUUGGCUGUCGAUCCUAAAAAUAACUUCUCAGACAAAGAGGUUUUACCCCUUGUAUAUAAAUUUGAAAUAUUCUGUCAUUAUGAUUUAGAAUGAGAUGCCAAAUCAAUUAUCUUAAUUACAAAAAUGAUUUUUAAAAAUAUGGAAUUAAAGGCAUGGAUUUGUCCGAUCUUACAAUUUUGGAAACAAAAUUAUCAUUUUUUUAUUUCUAGAUUUUGAGGAAGAAUAUCUACGUAGUAACCAAUAGAAGCAAGUAUUAAUAAAACAACGCACAACUGACAGUUCAGAAUGUCAUUAACUGCACAGUCUUUGAAAUGUAUUGCUAGUUAACCCACAAUAGAUUUUGGAAACCCCUUUUAGAUUGGUAGUAAUGCCUAUUCAUCAACAGGCAAUAAUACAAUGAAAGAUGUCACUGAUAUUUUGUAUACCAAUCGUAUUGAAACUAUGGAGGAGAAGGUGGUUGCAUCAUACGGUGGGUCAAUACAAUUUUGCUCACUAACAAAUGUAAAUCACUAAAAGCUACUUCAUUUUCAUUAGUAAACAAUAACUAGGAUGUUAUUUUGGAUUUAGAAUUCAAAACAUCUCACAGUUCACCAAAGAUGCUGUAAUAGUUUCAUUGAGAAUAAAGCUCUCGCUUGAUUGGCUAUUUAAAAUCUGAGUUUUGAUAGAAAAAUUUGAAUUUAUUUGGCACCUUUAAUACAGCAAAAUAUCCGAGGUGCUUCACAGGAAAUAGAGAAAAUAACUUGCAUUUAUUUGGUGCCUUUCAUAUCAUAAGGAUGACCAAAAGCACUUUACAGCCAAUGAAACACUUUGAAGUGUAGUCACUGUCAUAGGAAAUGUAAUGGCCAAUUUGCACACAGCAAGGUGGUAAUAACCACAUGAACUUGUAUUGUUGAUUGAGGGAUAAAGUAUUGUCCAGAAUAUCAGAGUGUACCUUUUCUCCUUAAAUAAUGCUAAGGGACCAGCAGCACUGCAUUGGCAUAUUGGCCUUGGAUUUUGUGCUCGGGUCCUGGACUGGUAUUUGAACCCACAGUCUUCUGACUCAGGGUAAGGAUGCUGUCAAGUGAGCUGUGGUUCAGGAGAAUUAGCGGACAGAGUUUGACACUGAAUCAGUAUUAGGACAGGUGGCCAAAAAUUUAGUCAAGGAUCAUGUUUUCCCAUUGCAAUAUGUAAAAAGAGAACGAUAGCAGACCUCUCUCUUCUUCAGGGAAGAGCAGUUGCCUUCAAUGUGUCAACGUGCUUAGAUGAUACUUGUACUGUACAAAUCAAGAAGCUUCCAGGUUCAAAACUUGGUCUUUGUUAACUUAAAAUUUGAUGGGGUGUGUAGUGAUACAAAAUUUCCAUGCACCCCUGGUUUGGCAAAGGGAACGUCAGGCUCCUGAUUACUGAUCGUUUAUCUGCCUUGAUAAGUGUGCUGUAUGGAUAACAGGUGAAAACAAGAUUAAACUAACCUACUUUAAUUUCCUUGGUGUAACUGCCAAACCCCACAAGAGUUGUUGAUCUUAUCAAGGUUUUGCAUGUGAAUUGUGACCACUUAGGCAACUGGUAUUGAAAUCUUGCCGAUAUUUAUCCCUUAGCCAUACUGCAGGGAAGAAAAUUCCAAUGAUUAUCACGUUGGCCCUGGGAGCUUGCUGUCAACAAAUUGACUGCACAUUAAGAAUGUUGCUUUUUCAACAGUGAUUGCACUACAGCUCAUUACUGCAAAGCAUUUUUGACAGCCUGAGGUGAAAAGCCCUAUGUAAAGGCAAAGGUAUUCUCUCUAACUCUACCUCUUAAAGAAAUCAAUGCCGUAAGAGGAAGUAACUGGUGGAAGAAACAGUUGAUAGAAUAGCAUUGGUGACACUUUGUUUUGGAGGCUGUAAGAUAUUGUUUGUUUGAACAAAUAUUCAGCAAGAUAUGAAAAUCUACAUUUUGAGGGAAUGUGUUCUGGAAAAACUGCCUGUCUGAUUUCUCUUGUUGAAAUGCAUUGUUGCAUUUUGCCAAACAUUCUGUAACGCUUGUUCUAAUAUUAUGCUAAUUGAGACUUAAUGACAGUUUCAGAAUUAAUUCACUGGGAUUAGAAUCUCUCUUUUUGCUCUGUCUGACUUAAUUUAUUUUUUUCUUGCUUUAUACUGAAUUUUGAUUUUUGAAUUAUUGCUGAAAUGUCUCAAUGUAUAGUACAGCAGGAAAAUUGGUCAAUAUAAUUAUCAAAUUGAAAUUGCUAUACUCUUCAAAAACAUUUUCCUGAUACUCAAUAAACGAGACAGUUGGCCGCA